AGUAACCUGAUGAAGUUCGAGGUAUGACAUAGAAAACGAUUUUCUUGCGAAUCGAAGGUGAAAAUGGACGAAACUACUAUCGACUCGAUCUUCGCGGGAUCUUUGAAAUCUCUGCCAGCGGUUAGCUCGAAAAUCGUCAGAAUAUUCACGAGCUCUACCUUCACCGAUACAACGAUGGAGCGGAACACGUUAAUGGCGCAGUGUUAUCCAAAGCUCAAAGAUUAUUGCAGAGAAAAGCACGGACUGGAGUUUCAGGUGGUUGAUAUGAGAUGGGGUGUAAGAGACGAGGCUACUGACGAUCACAUGACCACGGAACUCUGCAUGAGGGAAAUAGAAAAUUGUCAGAGACUCUCAAUGGGUCCGAACUUCGUGGUGUUCCUCGGACAGAAAUACGGUUAUCGCCCGAUUCCAACGUACGUUCUCAGCUCGGAAUUGGAAAUGUUGAGAACAGAAUUAGAGAGCCAAGGGAUGGACGUCGGACUUUUGGACAAAUGGUACAAGAAGGACAGCAACGCGGUUCCACCUACGAGUAUCUUGCAGCCAAUAUCGUCCAUCUUGAAGAAUUUCAACAACAAAAGGAUACCAAAGCUUCAGCAAGAAGAUCAGGCUAUUUGGUGGGACACGAUGGUGAAAAUGCAAAAGCUAUUCCGAAAGGGGGCACAGUCUUUGUACAAUGCUGGGAAAUUUGACAAAGACACCAUGCACAAUUAUUUUAUGUCAGUCACUGAAAGAGAGGUGAUCAAUGGUAUCUUGAACGUGAAGAACACGAAAAACCAUUGCCUGGCAUACAUACGAUACAUCAACAACAUUAAUUUGCAAAACUUGAGGAAAGCCAGCUUAUUCUUAGACAUCGCCAAUAGAAGCUUAGAUAACGAGGCUUCCAAACUGCUGGCGAAUUUGAGGGAUGAAAGGCUUCCAGAGAAAAUCGAAACGACAAACUUGCAAAGAUACACGGUAGAAUGGAUCGGUCGAGAGGGUCUGGAUCCAGAAACCCAUAGCGAGUACCUUCAACACUUUAUAACACAUUUCUAUCGAAACAUAGUGAAAUUGGUGGAUCGUGCUAUGAGGAAAGAGGACAGUUCUGCACAGGGACAGAUCAUAACGGAGAUGUUGCAACAUUUGCACGCUUGUAACAAUUCCGUGAGGGUGUUUUACGGCCGAGAAGACACGUUGGAGAAAAUUAAAGAGUACAUGCUGGGCGACAGCGAGAAGCCGCUGGUGUUGUACGGAGAAGGUGGAUGUGGAAAAACAUCUCUGUUAGCGAAGAGCGCAGGAUUAACGAGCAGCGCGUGGCUCACUGGAAGAAAGCCUAUAAACAUAAUUCGUUUCCUUGGUACCACGCCAGACAGCAGUGCACUGACACCCACGUUAAUAUCCAUUUGUCAACAAAUCUCUUACAACUUCAUGUUGCCAUUCGACGAGAUCCCCGACGAUUUGGUACCAUUAACUGCUUACUUUAAGUACCUGUUGACUUUAGCUACGGCUGAGCAGCCGAUACUAUUGUUCCUGGACAGCGUCGAUCAAUUAACCGGUGUACAAGGAAAUAAAUUAUCCUGGUUGCCUACCAGACUUCCAUUGAAUUGCAAGAUGAUCCUAUCUUGCGCCGCCGAGGAAUCGAACCCAGUGAUCUCUCGAGAUUAUCAAUUGCUACGAAGGAUGAUAGACGUCGAGGAAAAUUUCAUCGAGGUCGUCGCUCUUGGCGAAGAUCUUGCUAUGGAAGUAAUAAGGAUGUGGAUGAAAACGGCUCACAGAGACUUGAACAACUAUCAAUGGCGCCUGGUGGCGAACGCUCUGUCCAAGUGCUCCCUGCCAAUCUUCGUGAAGCUGGUGUUCGCCGAGAUCUGCAGAUGGAGAAGCUACACCAAACCGGCUGACACUCACUUAACGUGCACGGUGAUGGACAGCAUCAUGAUGCUUUUCGAAAGGAUCGAGAAACAGCAUGGCAAAAUACUGGUGUUCCACGCGCUGGCCUACAUCACUGCGGCAAAAUCGGGCUUGUCCGAGUCCGAGCUCGAGGAUCUGAUCUCGUUGGACGACAAAGUGUUGGACGACGUUUACCAAUAUCACAUGCCACCAGUUAGAAGAAUCCCGCCUUUGCUCUGGACCAGGAUACGAAACGAUCUGCCCAAUUACCUGAGCGAAAGAGAGGCCGACGGUGUCAGCGUUCUCAAUUGGUAUCACAGGCAAUUCAGAGACACUGCUAAGGAAAGAUACUUCAAGAACAUGAACAUGGCAAUGUACUUUCAUUCCAUGAUCGCCGACUACUACCUCGGCAUUUGGGGCGGUGGACGACCAAAACCGUUCAAGUACACUGAAAUCCAGAGACACAGGUAA